GUUCUGCAGGCCAGCGCACAGUCAGCUCAGCUUGAGAGCAGGAUCAGGAGCAGGAGCAUAUCAGGUUUCUUUUGUGAGAGCCACACACCACUGACUGGACUCUACUCCCACUACCAGCGAACUACCGGAGAUCGGAGCGACGAGAGAAACUGUUCUUCAAGCUCCAGAGAAGAAAGAUAAAAUGGCAGCUCGAAGGUGGAAGGUCAGCGACGCGGCCCUCGCCGCCGGACUCGUGGCGACGCUGCUCGGGCUCAGCCUGGCCCAGUCCGCCCCCGCAGAGGACGUGUGCCCAGCAAUACCCGCCUUGAAGAAUAUCAGCGCGCCGCAGUACCAGAACACGAACCUGGUGGCCACCGGUGUGUCCUUCAUGGCAUCUCUGGUCCACUCCUUCCUCUACUCGGUCCAGCCUAAACCCUUUCCCGGAGAUUUGAUUGAGAAAAUAAUAAAUGAAUCAAAAGUGCCGACAAAUCAAGAAACUCUCCAAGAAACUAUCAAAGAGGCCCUUUGGUAUGAAGUGGGUUUCCUGGUGUGCGUGGCCGUCGCCGUCCUGUACAUCGUUCUGAUGCCGCUGGUUGGUUUCUUCCUGGCGUGCUGCCGCUGCUGUGGGAACUGCGGCGGGAAGAUGUACCAGAAGCAGACGUCGUCGAUUAACUGUCGCAGGAGGACGCUCUACGGGUUCACGUUAGCCACCACCCUCAUUAUACUUGCUGGGAACAUCUGCAUGUUCCUAAGUAACGAAGCCCUCAAAAUGAGCGUGGACCAGAGUCACAAGGAGCUCAGCCAAAGCAUAGGCAACCUGAACACCUUCCUCACCGCUGUGCCUCAGCAAGUGGACGGCGUGCUGAAUGAGAGCUACAAAACUGUGGAGGAGGCUGGCCGAAAACUGAACAACAUUGGACCUGAGCUGGGAAAACAGAUACAAAACCAAUUCAAUGGAUUCCUGAGGCCGGCGCUGCGCUCAGUAACAACUCUGGACGAAGAGACAAAGGCCAUCAGCACUCAACUUGCCCAGCUGAACUCGUCUCUGGCCGAGCUCCAGUCCAACGCGAAUCGCGUCCAGGCCAAUCUGACUGCUUCUAGAAGUCGCCUCAAUGAGACUUUAUCCAAACCUGGCUGCGAAGGCUGUGACAAACUAAAGCCAUCGCUACAGAAACUUCAGCUGGAUACCUCCAUUACUGUCCCCGGCUUGAAGGAUCUUCAGUCUGCGGUGGAUGAAGUCGUUAAAAUGAAUCUCGAGUCCAAAGUCACUGAGGUGGAGGACAGUUUCAAUAGCAUCCCCCAGAGGGUGACCAACGAAACCAAGGAUGUAAUUGAAAGAAGCAAUCAGACGUUGGCAGAUAUAAAUACAAAGCUGUCUCAGAUCGCAAAGGACUUCCCUCUGGAGUUUCUGACCCGCUUGUCAAACGAUGUGGCCGUGGUGCAGACAGACAUCAACAAUUACAUGCCCUAUGUCCAGGGUGCUGAGUACAUCAGAUGGUGCGUGUGUCUGGCUGUGUGCUGCGUGGUCCUCCUGGUGGUGGUUUGUAACCUCCUGGGACUUAUGUUCGGCCCCGCGGGUCUGAAACCCAAAGCAGACCCCACAAAUCGCUCGUGCACGGCGGACUGUGGAGGCACCUUCCUCAUGAUGGGUGCAGGUUUCAGCUUCCUCUUCUCCUGGCUGUUGAUGAUAGUGGUACUAGUGCUGUUCUUACUCGGUGGAAAUGUUUACACUUUGUUCUGUCAGCCCUUGAAGAAUGGACAACUUCUACAGUUUCUUGAGACUCCAGGGUUAAUUCCAGAGCUUGAUAUCGGCUCACAACUUGGACAGGAAAACAUCAGCGUCAGUAUCUCCAGUGUCUACAGAGAAUGUGAGGAAAACCGCCCUCUGUGGACAGCAUUCCGCUUGGCUGAGCUCAUAAAUCUUGACGAUCUGCUCAAUGUGUCAAAAUACACAGACCAGAUCCAGCAGGAGUUUGAUAAAACAAACAUCAGUCUGUCCUCGAUCACUGUUCUGAGCCCGGAAGUUAAACAACAGCUCCUCGACUUCUCCACCGGGAUGAAGGAUUUCGACACUACCUCCGUCACUCAGCAGAUAAACGACAUUUCAAGCAUCAAUCUGAACACAACAGCGGAUGAGAUUGAUAAGCUGGCUACUGGUCAGAAAGAUGCAAUUAAAAGUGAGCUACAAAAUGAAGCCAAUCAGCUGAGGCGGAUCCAGUUUGAUAUAGAAAUAAACAUCAUCCCAGAACUGAAAACCCUGAACUCAAGCAUCAAGAGCCUUCAAUCAAACUGGAAAAAAGUCAACGGAACGGUGGGGGAGGUGCUGAACAACGUGGGAGCAGCACAAGACUCCCUCAACACAAACACAACACAGAUCGUCAAGACCGAGAGCAGAAAGUUUUUGAACUGUCUGCUGGACUACUUCCUUGCUUUCGCUGCCUGGGCAAAACUUGUGAUCACAACGCAGGUCGGCCGCUGCGGCCCUCUUGCGGGAACUGUAGACUCCGUGGAGGUCAUCGUCUGUGCAUACACGGUGGAGUCUCUGAAUGCGUUCUGGUUCAGUCUGGGCUGGUGCAUCCUGUUCUUCAUCCCCAGCAUCAUCUUUUCCAUGAAACUGGCCAAGUACUACAGGAGAAUGCAUGAAUCAGAUGGCUUUGACGACCACAUACCCAUGAACAGCAUCCCCAUGAACGGCUUCCCCAUGAACGGCUACCCCAUGAAUGGCUUCCCACGGGCACAGAUGAAAUGAACUGAGAGUGCGGCCGCUGCACGGCGCACACUGAAAAAUCACGUUACUUGAAUCAUUUGUGUUUUAAAUUGGAGUUUUCACCACAGUGUGGAGAAUCAAAGACAUUUCUAUAGUGACCACAGUGGUCCUAAAAUGUGUUUUACAUAGUGUACUUAAAUAGACCUCAGGGGGGGACACAGGAUAUAAGGGAACCUGCAGGGAUUUUUUAUUGUUGUUUUAAAUCAGAGCCUUAUUUUGUGUUUUGUAUUACUUAAAUGUACAUUUCAUGUAUGAACUGAACCAUUGCUGAAUUGCGAGAGAACACUACGCUUUAUAUUUCAAACUGAGGCUGAUUUUAGUUGAGAGUUUAAGCUCAUUCAUGUGAAUGUCGAUGUGUGGAUUGAGUCUCUGUCUGCCCGUCACUGUAUUUUUGGCAACUUUAUUCUGAUGGGCAACAUUUUCUAACUGAAUUCUUAGUCUUAUUUGCACUAAUAUUGAAAUUCUAUGUGUGUGAAUCACUGAAUGAAAACACUUAUCUAACGGGAGGUUUUGCCACCGUAUCACUACUGUACUUUGCUAACGUGUUGUUUGCCACGACAUUGCCAUGAAUACUGUUUUUGACUGAAUAAUUCUUCGAUUUGAUGAUGACGAUGAUUGUUUUUGUAUGACUUUGUACUUUGUACUAGUAGAUUUUGUGUUUUAUCUCCCAUUACACAGCACUUUGAAUGGUCUGUUUGCUCAGUGUGACUAAAAGAUUGUGAACAUUUCUCCAGCUGCAAAUUACUGAGUAAAAGCGAAUGACUGAG